CCCAAGAGAUACUUGUUCAGACACGCACCUUAAUUUAAAAUUUAAAUUAAUUUUGUCAAAAAAACCUUUGAUCUUGAAAUUCAUUCGAUUUUUGUGUUUGAUUAUCACCAAAACUCGACAUGAUGAUGGCCAAAAUCAUCGCAAUCUUCUUGAUUAUUUUAUUCGAAAAUCUUUUCGAAAGUCAACAACAACAACAACAAACAAGAAAAAUAUGGCUCGCUGAUUCAAUUGAUUUUCCAUUUAUGAUUGCGUUGAAAUUUCGUUCAUUGGAAAAUCAAAAUAAAAGUUUUGUUCAGGAACCAUUUUGUACUGGUUCAUUGUUGAAUCAUCAAUGGAUAAUGACAGCUGCAACUUGUGCAUCAAAAAUUGAUUCCAAUGAUUCGAAUAACCAACAACAACAAUCAUCGGAUUUAAAACCAGCCCAAGCUAUAAUCGGCUCAUAUCGUAAUAUAUCAUUUGUACGAUUAACAUCGAUCGAUAUCGAUAAGGUAAUCGUUCAUCCAUCAUAUGAUUCACGUACAAUGGUAAAUAAUAUUGGUUUAUUACAUUUGAAAAAUUUGGCCAAUGUUCGUAAAGAUCAAGAUUUUCGUUAUGAAUGGGAUGAUCAAAUGACUGUUGAACAAUUAUACGAUACAAUCCUAAUGACAAGAUUAAAAUUAAUGUUUACAUACUUGAUGAAUGGUAAAGAAAUCCCAAAUGAUCAAUGUAAACAAAUUUAUCAUAAAUUAAAUGUAAAUUUACCGGAUAAUAGUUUAUGUUAUCAGGCAAAAGAUCCAAUUCGAUUUCAUUCGAAUUUAGCUGGUGGACCAUUAGUCUACGUGAAUCGUCAACGAAUACCAAUACCAUUGGGCGUUUUAUCAUUUGGUUUGCAAACACCAGAUCCAAUGGUUUAUACUGCUAUUAAACCAUAUUAUGAUUGGAUUCUUACACAAAUUAAUUAAUUUUGAUUUUGAUUUUGGAAAUUUUCAAAAUAUUUUCAAAAUA